AUGGAUUUAUUUCAUUGGAAAGAAGAGUAUCGUAUUGCAGACCGUAAUGAGAGGGAUGGAUAUGUAGCAGUGCGGGAUGAUCUGGAUCCAUUGCUUAAUUAUGUUGUCAACAUUAGCAGGGAUGACCCCGUCAUCGUGGAGCAGGGUUCUCUCAUCAACAUGAUUGGCCCCAAGCGAGGGAUAGAUAUGGCAGAUCAUGCUCUACUUGAAUAUGACAUGAAGAUCAAGUCAGGUGAACAAGAAAAAGAUGACCUACAGCCGAUUGAUGGUGCAUCAUUCAUAGGCCCCUUAGGCUCAUGGGAUCGGCCAUACAAAUUUCACAUUGCUGACGAUUGUGGCUCAGUUGACAUAACUUUGUCACGUCUUUUACAUGCAGUUGAGGCGACCGUAGAGGUUCUCAUAUUGGAAGUGAAAAACAGUUUCAGUUUGUCCGUCAGAUGUUUAGCCAGUGGGUUUAAUGAAGAAAUCCGGAUCUUUGAUGGAACCAUCGCUGAUUCACAAGGCCUAAAGAGGUCGGUUGUUGCUGUAAUGGACAAUUCUUUUAUAGAUUUGAAGUUCAAGGUAGGCGCAAUGUCAUCCAGUUCCGACCAACAUUGCUGUUCCUUCAAGGUGAAAAUGCAUGGGCAUGAUAUUGAAGAAAUAAAGACUGAUUUUGCAUUAAUCUUAGUGAAGGUGAUUUGGUCGACCUUACCUUGGGGCUUUUCGGCUUAA